UACAAAUUAAAAAAUCCAAUGCAACUAAUUAAGAUAAAUACAUCCACUAUCGAAGUGUCAUAAGUUGGGAAUUCCAUUUCCAAAAAGUGUUAUAACUUGCAUGAGAAUUAAAGAAGCAACCAUUUGAAUUUUGAACAAAAAAAAUGAAGGAAAAAUCUAAGAAACAUUAGUAGGCUACCACUCAACAACAAGAAAUAAUACAGAAAACAUGCACAUUCCAACCAAAAGUAACCUAAUUUCAACCCUAAAACCCUUCCACACAAUUAGGGCAUGGCCCCUUCUUCUCCCCCCCCUCCAACCAACUAUUUAACCUCCUCAAUUCGAGAGUCCCACUCAACUCAACUCAAGCCCCUUUUGCCCCUCUUCUCUGUCUAAAAUUUUUCUGAUUCUAAGUGCUUCUUCUCUCUCCCUCUACAAACUCUCUUCGAGAUGAAGAAGAAAGGAAUAGUGAAGGAUGAAUCUUUGCUUCAACACCCAGUGCUUUUCUUGCUAGUUUUGGGCCUGGGCUUUGUAGUAAUGGACCCAUUUGAGAUGAGCCCUGUUGGGGGCUAUGAUUUUAGGCCUGUGAAGCAUGACAUUGCACCUUACAGCCAGGUUAUGGGCCAUUGGCCCAAGGAUAAUGAGAGUCGUUUGGGCCUUGGAAAUUUGGAAUUUGAAGAUGAGGUUUUUGGGCCUGAGUCCUUGGAGUUUGAUGCAUUGGGUCGUGGGCCUUACACUGGGCUUGCCGAUGGCCGCAUUGUUAGAUGGAUGGGGGAGGAAAUUGGGUGGGAGACUUUUGCAAUUGUCACACCAAAUUGGUCAGAGAAGGUAUGUGCUAAAGGGGUUGAUUCAACCACAGCAAAACAAUGGAAAAAUGAGAAGAAAUGUGGAAGGCCCCUUGGCUUAAGAUUUGAGAAACAAAGUGGGAAUUUAUACAUUGCUGAUGCAUAUUAUGGGCUUCUUGUGGUUGGUCCUCAAGGUGGAACUGCCACUCCCUUAGCCACUCAUGUUGAAGGAACUCCCAUUCUUUUUGCUAAUGAUCUUGAUAUCCAUAACAAUGGCUCCAUCUUCUUCACUGACACUAGCAAGAGAUAUAAUAGAGUGGAACAUUUCUUCAUAUUGUUGGAAGGAGAAGCCUCGGGAAGGCUUCUUAGAUAUGACCCUUCAACUAAAACAACUCAUGUUGUGUUGAAUGGUUUGGCCUUUCCAAAUGGCGUGCAAUUGUCUAAAGACCAUACCUUCCUUUUAUAUACAGAAACUACCAAUUGCAGAUUAAUGAAGCUAUGGCUAGAAGGUGCAAGAAAUGGAAAAGUGGAAGUAGUGGCCAAUCUUCCAGGGUUUCCAGACAAUGUAAGAAGGAACGAAAGGAAUGAAUAUUGGGUAGCCAUAGAUUGUUGCAGAACAAAAGCACAAGAGGUUUUAACUCACAAUCCAUGGAUAAGAAGCAUUUAUUUUAGGUUACCCUUAAGAAUGAGCUUCUUGGCUAGAUUAAUAGGGAUGAAAAUGUACACUGUCAUUUCACUUUUUAGUGAAAAUGGUGAGAUUUUAGAAGUUCUUGAAGAUCAAAAAGGUGAAGUUAUGGAGCUAAUGAGUGAAGUUAGAGAAGUUCAAGGGAAGCUUUGGAUUGGAACUGUGGCUCAUAACCAUAUUGCUACUUUGACUUACCCUUUACAAUUGAAGGAUAAUGAUCGUAAUAAUAAUGUAACACUUAACUAAUGAUUUUGAUUAAUUAUAUUUCCAUACCCUAUGUUUUAAUUUUGAUUAGUUUGAUGAUGAAAUGUGAUUUAUAUGGAAA